GAAGCAAGCAUUUUUAUCACGACAAAAACGGAAACGUUCAGGCUUUCAAUUGUCAGCUAUUCAAUGUGUGCAAGCUAUUUUAAUAAUUCAACUGUGAUUAUCUGUGAUAUUUAGAAUGUCCUUUCAAACGGCCUUGACAUUCAUUUUCACUAUAUUAACUUCCGUUAGCUUUGUAGCUGCUAUUAUUCUGUUGGGCUGGUUUCUAAUUUGGAAGGCAUUUCUGUCGAAAUUUCGUCUGGUGCGGGAACUGUUGGGGCAAGAAGAGCCAGAGGAACAGCAGCAAUUUGUUGGAGAGCAAAAUCAAAACGUUCGAGCACGCAAAGCGCGACGUGACUAAGCAA